AUGACCAUGACCUCGCUUCUCAAGUGGGCCAGGACAGCUAUGAAAAGAGGCUCAUCACCGGUGCUUCGGUUUCCAACGAGUGGAUUCGAAAUAAUCAAGCAGUCGCAAAUUCUCGAAGAAGAGCGCUUCGAAGAGUUCAAGAAAGGGCACUACUAUCCUGCCAAUAUUGGAGAAGUUUUAGGGUCCAAAUAUCAAGUCCUCGGGAAGCUGGGCUUUGGGACCACUUCCACAGUAUGGCUCGCUCGCGAUCUUGAGGGUUGUCAAUACGUCACAUUGAAGGUGUAUACAAUGGAUGGAACUGCCCAGCGGGAGGUUCAGAUUUAUAAAGCCCUGAGUCAAGGAAAUACAUUACACCCGGGCUAUUCCCAUGUGAGAACUGCAUUAGACGCAUUCACGAUAUGGCAUCAAGGGAACGAACAUCACUGUGUUGUCCAAAAACCUAUGUGGGGGAGCUUUCGCCAUUUUAUCUAUCGCUCUCCGGGACAGCAGCUUAGCGAGGAUCUUUUUAAAAGCGGACUUAAGCAGAUUUUCCUUGCGCUUGACUACCUCCACAGCGAAUGCCAGCUCGUUCAUACCGAACAUCCUUCGGCGGGGAAGUCAGUGAACAAUAUGCCAGUCUAUGCCUCUCGGAGGUUUGAGUUACCUCAAGAUUUUGGUAGGGCAGUUCUUAGCGACUUUGGCUCAGCUGUACGGGGUGAUCAAAAGAGAAACCAUGAUGCUCAGCCCACCAUCUACAGGUCACCAGAAGUCAUGUUAAAAACUGAGUGGAGCUACCCCAUUGAUAUUUGGAAUGUUGGCACUAUGAUAUGGGAUUUAUUUGAAGGCAAACACAUGUUCAUUGGGCUGGACCCCGAUGGCAAAGGUUAUUCAACCCGUGCCCACCUUGCUGAAUUGAUUGGAGUUCUGGGCCCUCCUCCUUUGGAUUUGCUGAAGCGUGGAGAGCGAAGUCUUGAAUUCUUUACUAAAGACGGACACUGGAGACGCCAAGUCGAUAUUCCCUGGGGAAUAUCAUUAAGAAACUCCGAGAACCGUCUGAGUGGUAGGAACAAAGAGUUGUUCCUAAAGUUCAUAAGAGGGAUGCUUCAAUGGCAACCGGAAGACAGAAAGACGGCUAAGCAGCUUCUUAAAGAUCCAUGGCUAGAGAACAGAACAUAG